AUGUAGAGAUGCUUCAGACCAAACCAGACACUCCAGUAGCUGGAGAUGAAGUUUCUCUAACUACAAAAGACUCAAUGCUCCGCAAGUUUUUAGAAGGCAGCAACAUGGAUGUACCAGAUUCAGAGGAAGUUUACCAGCAGUAUGGUGAAGAUGUAUACUACUCAGUGGAACAAGAUACUCUUCCACAGGAAAUGGCUAGCAGACCUCCAGUUCCUGUUCCAAGACCGGAAUCCAGCUCUCCACAGCCGGACAAUGAGCUGUACAUCUCCAAAAUUUUUGCACAAAAAGCUCAAAGACCUGAGAAUCUCUAUGUCCCUAGAGGAAGGGUUAAGAAAGAGACAAUAGUCAGGCCUCUAAGGGACCUGUCUCAAUCAAGCAUAUAUGAUCCAUUUGCUGGAAUGAAAACACCAGGUCAACGGCAGCUGAUUACGUUACAGGAGCAAGUGAAAAUGGGCAUACUCACUGUUGAUGAAGCUGUACUUCAUUUUAAGGAGUGGCAACUGAACCAGAAAAAGAGAUCAGAAUCAUUCCGGUUCCAGCAG